AUGGCUAAGCCUAUAGCUCUCGCCUUUUCUCUUUGCUUGCUUGUCCUCUUCCACAGCUGCUUAGCAGCUCGCCAACAAUCGCAGUCAAGCCAGCAGAACGAGUGCCAGCUAGAUCAGCUCCAAGCUCGCGAACCUGAUAACCGCAUUGAGACUGAAGCGGGUAGGAUCGAGUCCUGGGACUACAACCGCGACGACUUCCAGUGCGCUGGUGUUGCUGUUCAACGAAUCACCAUUGAAAGAAAUGGCCUUCACUUGCCUUCUUAUACCCACGCUCCACAACUCAUUUACAUAGUCCAAGGAAGUGGUUUUCUAUCUACUGUAUUUCCUGGCUGUCCUGAGACUUUCGAAGAAUCUGAACAAUCUGAUGAAGAACAACAAGGGCAAGGGCAGCAGGGGCGCCAUGGACAGCAAGGCCGCGGACAACGGGGUCAACAAGAACAAGAAGAGGAAGAACAACAACAACGCCAACGCCAACAGGGACAACAAGGCCAUGGACAACAUGAUAGACAACAAGGACAGCAAGGCCAACGGGGACAAGAGAGCUUCGAACAGCUAGACAGACACCAGAAGGUUCGACGCAUAAAAGAAGGUGAUAUUGUUGCUAUUCCUGCCGGAGUCACCUACUGGUCCUACAAUGACGGUGACCAACCUCUUGUUGCUGUCAGUCUUCUUGACAUCAGCAACAACCAAAACCAGCUUGAUCGUAACCCUAGGAGAUUCUAUCUUGCUGGUAACCCACAAGAUGAGUUUAACCAACAAGGGCAAAGCCAGAGCCAAAGUCAAUGGGACCAGGACCAGGACCAGCAACAGCAACAGCAAGGAGGAAGGAGCAGGCACCAGCAACAACAGCAUGGAAACAACAACAACAACAUCUUCGCUGGCUUCAACACACAGCUCCUCGCUGACGCUCUGAACAUCGACCAACAGACUGCGCAGCAGCUUCAGGGACAAAACGACAACAGACCCCAAAUCGUCAGAGUUAGAGGACGUCUUGAUUUUAUCCAGCCGCCACAGUCACAACAGGUGGAAAGACAAGAACAGGGAAUUCAGAGACAACAGGGACAGAAUGGUCUUGAGGAAACUCUCUGCAACUGGAAGAUCAGAGAGAAUAUUGGCAGGCCUUCACGUGCUGACGUCUUCAGUCCCCAAGCCGGUCGCAUCAGCACCCUCAACAGCUUUAAGUUGCCUAUUCUCAGGUACCUUGACCUCAGCGCUGAGAGAGGCUUCUUCUACAAUAAUGCUAUCUACAGCCCACACUGGAACUUGAACGCCCACGAAGUGUACUACGUCAUUCGAGGUAGCGCUAGGGUUCAGGUUGUGAACGACAACGGCCAGGCCAUCUUGGACAACGAAGUCCGCCAGGGACAGCUCUUCAUUGUGCCACAGAACCACGCAGUGUUACAAAAGGCUAGCAACAACGGCUACGAGUACAUUGCCUUUAAGACCCAGGACAAUGCCAAGAUUAACACUCUGGCAGGCCGGACCUCAGUCUUGCGGGCACUCCCCGACGUCGUCCUUGCUAACGCAUACCAGAUUGACCGACAACAGGCAAGGAAUCUCAAAUACAACAGACAGGAGACUGUUGCUUUGAGCUCUUCAAGGUCUUCCCAAUCCCAGAGGAGCUGGUGGGCUAUUGCAUAA